CUAGCCCCCUUUUCGCCCCUUUUGUUCUAUCUCUCUCGCUCUCUCUCUCUCUCUCUCUCUCCCCUUUGUUAAUGGGCUACCGUAGUAUGAUAUAAGUGCUCAUGAUCUCGCCUUCCUUUCCCCUGGUCUCUUCUUGGGAGAAAAGAAAACACAAAGCAAAACAAAACAAAACAAAACGGUAAAUAUGUGGUGGUGGAGAAAAGUGCCAAAGUCAGCAAUGGAGAAGCUGAAACCGUGGGACGAGGAGGAGAGGUUGCGGCGAAUGGAGCUAGCGCGGAGCAAGUGUGAGUCAGAAUUGGAUAAAGUGGACUGGAACUUGAUGAAGAAGCACAUGCACACUCCGGAGGCUCUUGAAGCCUACGAAAAGUUAUGCAGCGAAGCUCGCUCAAUCAUCCUCGAAGAAGUCCCUGAUCUCAUCAAUAGGAGGCGCCCUGAUCCAUACUUGAAGUAUUAUUAUGGAGCAUUUCCAUACCUUCCUUUCAAGGAGAGACUGCUUUUGAAAUGGACUGGCAGGAAGAACCUUCUUCAGAAAAGGUUGCUUAAAUAUAAGAAUGUAGGGAUGUGGCUUGCAGUGGUUUUAGUUGCUUACAAGUUGGGUGGGUAUGAAAAGAAAAAGGAAAACUGAGCUGGAUGUUAUUGCACAUCAUUAUUUUUGGUUGGACUCGAUUUACCUGUUCUCUCAUUUUUUUUUUAUCUGCUUGUUUUGUUACUGUUUUUUAGGUGAAUGUUGUCCAGUUCAUGUUUAAUAUAGGAUAUUAAAGUUGGUUCAUCUAGAAAAUCAGUGUCUCCUUGAUAAGAACAUAAUUAUCGCUCUUUUCCUCUCCUGAUUUUUUUUUGGAUAAUAUAUGGCAAGCAACUUCCGUUUAAGUAA